UUGUUUGUGUUCCGGCGGAGAUAAAAAACGUGUUUUGAAUAUUUUUUAAAAAGAUGAAUACUCUUAAUUUAUUUAAAAUAUAUAAAAUGUUUGAAAGUGAGGACGGUCUUAAGAUUAAUGCAAAUGUGCUCGAACAGUUGCAGGAGUGGAAUUUAAUUCCUCGUGAAGGGCAAUAUUUAUGCGCUCGGGGCCAUCCGCUGAAAUUGUUGGAGUGCACUGCAUCAUCGGAUGGAUUCGUUUGGAGGUGCCGUAAAAUUUCGAAGUCUGGAAAGCAAGUGCGAACGUGUAAUCAGCAAAUUUCAUUAAGAAAAAACACAUUCUUUGAUAGGUCGAGGCUAUCGAUGGUGAAGCUCAUUGCAUUUUCUUACUUUUGGUUGAAGAAUGUGACACAAGAUUUUAUAAUUGAGGAGUUAAGUAUUACAAGACCGACCGCAGUUGAUUGGUGUAAUUUUUGCCGUGAGGUAGUGUAUGACGGCAUGGUUGUAAAGGGGCGGAAAAUUGGAGGUGUCGGGUCUAUUGUUGAGAUAGACGAAAGCAAAUUCGGACGCCGGAAGUAUCAUCGUGGACACGCUGUUGAAGGGCAAUGGGUUUUUGGUGGAGUGGAGCGUGGUACCAAUAAGUGUUUUCUUGUUCCCGUUGAAAAGCGGGAUAAGGAAACUUUAUUGGCAGUUAUAAAGAAUUGGAUUCUUCCUAACACGACCAUAGUUUCCGAUUUUUGGAAGGUGAGUUUAAUGCCUAAGUGCCCAUAUAU